CCCAAGGGGGCGACGCCACAGACAGCUCACAACUCUGUCAAGAAACUUUUACACUUUACACCGUCGCGUUUUUCUAGUGCAGUAUCUCCACCGAAAACAACUGAUACCCACCCCGACGCCGGACCGGACGAAGGGGGGAGCCAUGGCGGGCUUAUAUUCUUGGGGCAUGAGCCCAGUCAAUCCAGUUCAACAGUCCAGGCCGUACAUAGAGAUUAUCGAGCAGCCCAAGCAGAGAGGCAUGCGCUUCAGGUACAAGUGCGAGGGGAGGUCUGCCGGAAGCAUCCCCGGAGAGAAGAGCAACGACACCACCAAGACGCACCCGGCUAUCAAGGUGCACAACUACAGCGGCCCCCUGCGCGUCCGCAUCUCCCUGGUGACCAAAAACCCGCCGCACAAGCCCCACCCCCACGAGCUGGUCGGGAAGGACUGCAAACACGGAUACUACGAGGCCGACCUGCAGGAGCGGAGGAUACACAGUUUUCAGAAUCUGGGCAUCCAGUGUGUGAAGAAAAAGGAUGUGAACGAGGCCAUCACCUGCCGCCUUCAGACCAACAACAAUCCCUUUAACAUAGAAGAAGCGAAGGUCUGGGAGGAGGAGUUUGACCUGAAUUCGGUUCGGCUUUGCUUCCAGGCGUCCAUCACUCUGCCCACGGGCGACCUGUAUCCUCUGGAGCCCGUCGUGUCACAGCCCAUCUACGACAACCGAGCGCCCAACACGGCCGAGCUGAAAAUCUGCAGAGUCAACCGCAACUCGGGCAGCUGCAAGGGCGGAGACGAGAUCUUCCUCCUCUGCGACAAGGUGCAGAAAGAGGACAUCGAGGUGCGCUUCUUCCAGGACGCGUGGGAGGGGAAGGGCACGUUCUCCCAGGCCGACGUGCACAGACAGGUGGCCAUAGUGUUCCGGACGCCGCCGUACCGCGACACCAACCUCUCCAAACCCGUCAGCGUCAAGAUGCAGCUCAGGAGGCCGUCCGACAAGGAGGUCAGCGAGCCCAUGGACUUCCAGUACCUGCCCCAGGACCCAGAUGAGUUCAGAGUGAGCGUGAAGAGGAAGUGCACGGCCGACAUCUUCCAGAGUCUCAAAAGCUCUUCUCUGUCUUCAGUGACCAUCCCACCAGAGCGGAGACAGAUCACCAUCCCCAGGAGAACGGUCAAACCCCAGACCAUGAACCCACCGCCAGAGGUGGCGCCCCCUGCUGUUGCCUCCCUCCGACCGCAGCCGUCCUACUACCCCCAGCCCUCUCAGCUCUUCCAGCACCAGCCCAAAGUGGAGCCGUCCCCGUCCCUCGCCUCCAUCUCCACCGGCAACCUGCCCUGGAAGAUCGAGAGCCUGACCCUGUCCAGUCACCCCAAAGCCACCCCCGUGACCCUCCCGCCCUUCGCCCCGAGCCAGCCGGCGGCCAGCGCGCCCCAACCCCACCCCCCCUCCUCCUCCUCCUCCUCCACCGCCGCCGCCCAGGAUUACUCCACCGUCAACAUCGCCGACCUCCACGAAUUCUUCCCCAACUUCUCCACCGCCAUGGGCCUGGAACCCCCGCCGUCCUCCCAGCCCCCGUCCUCCUCGUCGUCCUCCCAGAUGCCGAGCUCGCAGUACCACGUGGAGGCCGACUACGAAGACUUCCCGAGCUUUUCCGACGCGCAGGACGGCGGGACCUUGGAGAGCCUCAACAUGGACGACUUUGUGGACCUGGUCAACCCCGUCAACCGCCUGCAGGUGAGCGAGGGCGGCGCGGGCCAGGCCGGGUGUCACCAGCUGGCCAACGCGGCGAGCGCCCAGCACAGCACGGCGGAGGGGAACCCGGGCAGCGCGUGGAUGGACUACCCCACAAGCAUAACGGACUUGCUCAAUAACGAAAACAUGAUUGACACUUUAGGUACCGGCAACAACGGCGUACCGCACCAGGAGAUCGGCGAGUUCGAUGGGUUUAUGUCCACGGACGAUGAGCGGCUUAUUUCAAUAUUUAACAGCUAAGAAUUCUCAGUUUUUUUAAUUUUUAAGUUUGUCACAAUGUCGUAUUACAACUUACAGACUCACUAUAUAUUAAAAAAUGAUAAUAAGACAUUGUAAAAGUGCAUUAUAAGAGCUGACAGUUUAUGUAGCAAGCACGUUAUGCAUUUUAGGGCCGGGUGAUAAAGCGUGAAUUGGUCUGAAAAACACAAUAAAAACGUAAUUCCUUCAUCAGAAACUUUUUUUUUGUACAAAAAUGUAUUUUUGUAAUAAACACAGCGAACUGUAGCGAAAAUGCAGUGUCAUACGCCGCACCUCGAGAAAGUCCAAAGGAAUGUGACCCGGCCGUUCAGACUGAAGUCACGUGUCAAAGGAUCGGACGUGUAUCGGUUUCAGGAGCACAUAUCCAAAUGUCCUGGGUCGCAUUUGAAAAAAAAUCAGAUCUGUCAUCAAAAAAAAAUCAUACAGGAGCAUAGGGGCGAAAAAAUUGGGGAUUUGGGUCAUUUCAGCUGCAGCCUGAAGUGACCCAAAUCUGAUUUUUUGGCUUCUAUGUUCCUGUAUCUGAUCUUUUAAUGACGACACAGAUCCGAUUUUUUCAAAUGUGACCCAGGACACUUGGAUAUGUGCUCCUGAAACUGAUACAUAUCUGAUCUUUUGACAUUUGCGACUUCAGUGUGAACGGCCAAAGUGCAUUCAUCCACCUACACGUUAUCAACAAGACACAAACGUCACUAUUCUGCGCUGAAGUAGGCGAAAAUUGUUAAUGAACUCCGUGUCACUGAAGUGAAGCACAUCACCACUCACCACUCUUGGCUCCGUCUCCACAUCCACACGUUCCUUUCAACGGACGUCGCUGCCGCUGUCCCACAAAACACCACGACCAAAAACCUCGUCCUUCUCCUUCUCAAUCUCCUCCUUAAAACAAGUAAGUUGUUCAUGUUCUGGCUCCGGUACGAGAGGAACUUUAAAAUCUCCAGGUGCUCGAUGCUGCGUCCAUGUUUGGACAACUUCUGUAAACACAGAGACGCUCGCUGCGGUUGACGUCGUCGUGUCUCCAGUGUCACAUGUGGGACACUUUUUUUAAUGUUCACACUGGAGUCACAUACAAGUCGCAUUUAACUGGAAACGUGAACGACCUCGCAAAAACAUCAGAUUUCACAAAAAAAUCGGAGUUGAGCGUUAAGCCCUGCAGUCUGAACGUAGCGUGAGACUUUCUUUCACAUCAUUUGACCGUAGACAGAAGCUGUUGAAGUUUCUGAACAUGUAAAAGUCAAACUGCCAUAACUGAGUCGCCGACAUCUAACGUUAACCAACAGACUCGAUUUAUUAGCAGGAGCGAGCGAUUCCUGACGUUACAUUAAACUUUCUCGAGCUUGAUAUUUUCCCCGACUGUUGAAACUCAUUUACAACGGAUGUCGGGUGUUGGGAGAACUGAGUCGGAUUUAUCGAUUACCGAAAUUCAAUAGAAUGCGGCAAUAGUGCAGCAUAAAUACAUAACCUUGAACUGAAUUGAGAUUUCAGCGUUUGCAUGAUUUUAUUAUCGAUAAAAGUCAUGUUAUAAGAAUCUACACUGUGUUAUUUUAAAACAUAAACCAAAGAUGAAAUGCAUUUUUAUACAUUUUUUUUUUUUAAAUCUAUGUUAAACUAAUGGAGCUCAACUUCGAAAAUCCACCUCACACUUCCCGAACAAAAUUUCCCGUUCAUUUUUGUCAUAGACUUUCCAAAAAAAACUGUAUUUUAAAAGUUAGAAAGUUUGCUCAGAGAUAAUCAGCUACUUGACAACAAUAAUUUGACAUAAUUUCAGUUAAAAUCUGUUCUGAAACUUUAUAAACCUUAAAGUUAUUAAAACAUUUUGGAGAACCUUGUGUUUUAAAAAGCCUUUUUGGACUUAAAAACACCACAAUGUUGAUAUUCACUGUUGUUGAACUCUUAAUAUUUGAAAAUUUCCAAAACUCUAUGGAAAAAAAUUAAUGGAACAUUUUUCAUUUUUCUCACAAACUUUACCAAAAAAAAAAAAAAAAAAAAACAUUAAAAAAUUUCAUCAGCUAUGUAGUAACGAAUUCAUUUGACAUAAUUUCUCUUAAAAUCUGCUUCUGAAAUUGCAAAGUUAUGAAAACAUUUUAAUGAAUCUUGUGUUUUUAAAGACAUUUUUGGACUUAAAACCACCACGAUAUGGAUAUUAGCUGUGUUUGAACUCUUAAUAUUUGCAAUGUUCCAAAACUCUAUGAAAAAAAUGACUGGAAAAUUUGCUUUUAAUAGACCUUUUUGGACUUAAAACCAUCACGAUAUUGAUUUUAGCUGUAUUUGAACUCUUAAUGUUUGAAAAUUUCCAAAAAUUAAUGGAAUAUUUUUUUUUUUUCUCAUAAACUUUAUCAAAAUCAGCUACGUGGUAACCAAUAACCACAAUAAUUUGACAUAAUUUCACUUAAAAUCAGUUUCUGAAACUUUAUAAACCUCAAAGUUAUGAAAACAUUUUGCAGAAUCUUGCAUUUUUAAAGACCUUUUUGGACUUAAAACCACCACAAUAUUGAUAUUCGCUGUCGUUGAACACCUAAUAUUUGAAAAUUUCCAAAACUCUAUGGAAAAUGACUGGAAAAUUUGCUUCUGGAACCGUCUGGAUCGCUCACUGUCGACGUUGAAGCGUUGGAACACGGCCGCUUUUGUCCUUCCUCUUUGACGAAACGGACUUUGCCUUAUCAGUUAGAACUUUUACUACCGGUCGUCGUGUUAAAUUAUUUUAUUCCCCAGCCCUAACUGCAUGUUUUAGUUCAUCGCUUUUGCUCAGUGUCUUGCAUCACUUACGCGUUGCCGAUUCUUUGCCAAAUACGAGAUUUCCUCCUCCUCUUCGGAUCCUGUGUAUCGCAGUGUUGACGGUUUCUUUAACACAAAACAGAGGCUUUAACUGUAAAUUGAAAUGAUUAUAUUUUGUUCUCAAAUGUAUAUGUUAUGGAUGAGUUUUACCUACGUGCAUUAUUGUUUUAUUGUUAAGUUUAGUUUUGUUUUUGUUGUUUUGAAGAUUAGAAAUGAUAAUGUGAUAAUGGUGCCUUAAGUCAAUUUUGUAAAGACGAUAUAAUGAAGUUUCUAUGUAAAAAAAGUCGACGCUCGCGGUCGUAACAUUGUACAGAAUGUUCACACGUCGAAUUAAAGUUGGUUUAAAGUUGGAAA